AUAACUAGCCCAUGCAGCCGAUCUAAGCCCCAGUGCGGUUAAGCGGGUGUUGAGGUGAGGUGAGGUGCGAGGUGAGCUUGCCGCCCGCAACAACGCAGAUGCAGUUGCAAGUUGCAGUACGUAGCUCAGCUCUACCUAAUUAAAUCAUAACUAAUCGCAGCCUCGUCCGCCGCUUCUAAACCACAUCGACAAACAUCCUACAUCCACAACCCACGUCUUUGCCUCAUUCCACCACAACCGUAAAACCCCUCAAACAGACAAGCAGAUCGCCAGUCGACUUUUCGACACAAUGCCCGCCACUACCGCUGAGACGCUCGCCUUCGUCUCCAAAAAUGUCACCGUGGCGCCCCUCGUUCUGCUCUCCGUAGUAGACCACUACAACAGAGCCGCCAAGGGCACGAGGAAGCGGGUUGUUGGUGUCUUGCUGGGACAGAACGAUGGAACCACCGUGAGAGUAUCCAACAGUUUCGCAGUGCCGUUUGAGGAGGACAAUGAUGAUCCCACGGUCUGGUUCCUGGACCACAACUACGUCGAGAACAUGCGUGACAUGUUCAAGAAGGUCAACGCACGAGAAAAGUUAAUAGGCUGGUACCACUCCGGUCCCAAGCUUCGCGCUUCCGAUCUCGAGAUCAACGAGCUGUUCAAGCGCUACACACCCAACCCCCUCCUGGUCAUUAUCGACGUCCAGCCCAAGGAGUCGGGUGUGCCUACAGACGCAUACUUCGCCGUGGAGGAGAUCAAGGACGACGGCACAGCGACCUCAAAGACCUUCGUGCACACACCAUCGACCAUUGAGGCAGAGGAGGCAGAAGAAAUCGGCGUCGAGCACUUGCUAAGAGAUAUCCGAGACGUCGCCAUCGGCACCCUUUCCACACGAAUCACAAACCAGCUUCAGUCACUGCAAGGUCUACACCUGCGGUUGCGGGAGAUCCAGACCUAUCUACAAAAGGUUCAGGAGGGCCAGCUCCCUGUAAACCACGCCGUCUUGGGCAACCUCCAGGACAUCUUCAACCUGCUACCUAACCUAUCCACACCCAAGCCCACGAGCGAUGGCAAGCUGGAGAAUGCCAGCGAGCUCUCAUACGCCAUGAGCGUCAAGACCAACGACCAGCUUCUGGCCAUUUACCUCAGCAGUCUGAUCCGAGCCAUCACCGCCUUCCACGAUCUGAUUGAGAACAAGAUCCAGAACCGUCAACAACAAGAAGAGAAGGAGGCCAAGAAGGAAGAGACCGCGGCAAAGGACGAGAAGGACAAGAAGGACGGCGCCAACGGUGUAAAUGGCGACUCGCCAGAGAAGACUGGCGAAAAGGAGAAGAAGAAAUAGGCGUGAUGAUGCGUAAUGACACGGCGUUGGGGACAGCGCAUUGGGAACAUGCCGGCAUUGUGUACAAUAUCCUGACUCCGGAAGAUAAGCCAGGUACGGGCCACCAUGCUAAAACAACAAUAGAGAGCUGGCCGUUUUAGAUGACACACUGCGAGAGAAGACACACUUGGUAUACACCAUCAUGAUGUAACUAUACUAACCUACCUGAGAGUCGGUUAAGCUGCGAUAGGA